GCCGAGAAGGUGUCAGUUUGGUAACGGUCUUUACUUUGGACGCACACGUUUAAUUGUGAGGUGAAUCAAAUUGAUUUGUGCAGUUGAACUGAUCGAAGAAACUUACAUUAUGAAGAACUAUACGAUCGUUUUGGCAAUACUUUGCGCGACUUCCCUAGUCAGUGUUAAUGGUUUUUUCCUACCAUUAAUUGGGCAGUGGAUGGAAGACAUCGGCUCAUCCGUCGGAAUUGGGUCUAGUAAUCGCGUAGAAAACGAAACUCGUAGUGGAAUUUCCAGUAUUAAGUCAGUUCUGCCACAUAGAGUUCAAGCGACAUUGUCAAGGAAUGAACCUUUGCAAGACAACGAGGAAAAUGGUGGUAUAGGCAAUUUUGGCCGUAAAGUGUUGAAGGGUGUUCAAAAAGGUGUCGAAAAAGGAGUAACACAAGUCAUGAAUAUUGGAGGUAGUUUCUUGAACAGAAAAGAGUCAGAACGAGCACUUGAUAUGGAAGCUGAAUUUUUACAACAAGCGCCUGCUAACAAAAGCUUCAAAGAUCAAGUUCAAGCCAUCUUUCCAGGAACUCUUUGGUGUGGUGGAGGCGAUAAAGCACGUUCUAAUGAAGAUUUGGGCAGAUUCAAAGACACCGAUGCUUGUUGCAGAGAACACGAUUUCUGCCAAGAUAAUAUCCUCGCAGGAGAAGAAAAACAUGGUCUCAUCAAUGGUGGAUUAUUUACUAGAUCUCAUUGUGAUUGCGAUCAAAAGUUCUACAAAUGCUUACAAGAUGCCAACAGUAUUAUUUCUAAAAAAGUCGCUUUCACUUAUUUCACAGUUUUAGGCCCACAAUGUUUCACCUAUGAUCAUCCAAUUGUCGAUUGUGAGAGAAGAAAUAUUAAAAAAUGUGUAAGAUACAUCAGAGACGAAACCAAAGAAAAAACUUGGCAAUGGGUCGACAAUGAUCUCUUUUUGAUAUAAUACGUUAACUAUAUUACCAAAUACGAUACCCAAUUUUUAAAACAUGAAUUGCAACUGAAAAGUCUUCGAGUGUUCAUCUAAUAUUAAUAUAAGGAGCAUUGUAAGUUUUAUAAUAAAAUAAUAUAAAUAAUAUAUGUAAAGUCAAGUAAUAAUUUGAUUAUAA